CUCAGUAAUUGCCUCAGUUAGUAAGCGCGCUGUGUCUGUGUGAGACAGUGCGAUACAUGUGGAUUUGUUUACUUUUGAUUGUUUUGAUUGUUUUAUUUAUCUACAUAUAACGGAAGGUUGACAGUUUAUAAAUAAUGAUACUUGUGUAUCUUCGCGAACGGAUAAUUCGAUUUCCUCGAACAUUGGAGGACGGUUAUAUUACACAAAGUAAUUGACAUCAAAAUGUCACGACGCUUGUAAAUAUGGUGGCAAGUAAACGUGCUUCGAACAAAGUGUCAAUUCUUUCUGAUUGUCGAUUAUCUUAAAUCCAAAAAUGGACAAGUUGACUAUCAUCUCGGGAAUACUGUUCCUACUGGCAGAUAUCUCUGCCAUAAUAAGCAUUGCCAUGCCAGAUUGGAUCAUCACCGAUGUCGGCGGUGAUACAAGACUGGGUCUCAUGUGGUCAUGUAUGACCUUGUAUAACAGACCACAAGUUUGUUACAAGUCAGAUCUGCAAUCAGAAUGGUUGAUGGCACUGGUCUGCAUAUUUGUAGGUUGCAUUUUGAUAACAGCAACCAUAAUAUUACUGGUCAUUUCACAUUGGGAUCGUAGUGUCAUUCCUUAUGCACGUUGGGUAGGAUUUGGUGCAAUGGUACUAUUCUGUCAUGCAGCAGUUAUAUUUCCCAUGGGGUUCCACAUUGACGAAAUUGGUGGGCAACCAUAUCAAUUGCCUAAUUCACAUCAAGUUGGAAUCGCAUAUAUUUUAUUUGUCCUAGCACUAUGGAUCACAGUAAUCUCUGAACUUUUUGCUGGCAAAGUUUGUUUGCCACAUUUUUAGCAUUGUUCCGUAGGACAAGUAUUUAUUAAUUAUAUUCUUUUGACAUUUACACUUAUACUAUUUGUAUAUACUACUUAUACUUAUAAUAUUAUAUACAUUAAUGAUAUAUAAUAUUUAUCUUGUAAAAGGAAUAAUGUUAUAUAUAUACAAUGUUAUACUUUAAAUGGGUCGUGCAUAAAAUUUUGCUAUAUCUUAUACUAUAUGCUAAGUAGAUUAAAAUAUAGGAAAGAUCAAUUGCAUUGAUAUUAGAAAGAAGAUUCCUUCCAUCAUUGAAUAAAUCUUCCAUAUUAAUAUAAUUAUAUGGCUAAAAUCUAUUAAAUAUUAUCACUGUGCAUCAUAUUUAUAUCUAUCUGAACUUAAAGGUAAAUGCAUGAAAAUUUCAUAAAUGAUGUAUAUAUGUUUGAAUUCUAUGUAUUUUAGAAUUUUUUCUAAUGGUGAGUAAUACAACAAAGAGAUUUUAGAUAAAAGGAAAUUUAAAGGAAACCUAAAGUGAAAAUAUAAUUGAAAGUAUGUA